CUGUUCUUGAAAGACCUGCAAAUUUUUUGUCUAGCUACAACUGCAAUUUCCAUAUUACUUAUUAUUAUUGAUAUUGUUAUCAUCACUGUCACUAUUAUGAUUAUUAUUAUCAUCAUCAUUACUUAUUAGUUAUCAUUAUCGUUACCAUCAAUAUCAUCAACAAACUUGAUUCCUUGCAGUCGAUGACUCAUCCCAGACCGUUCGAUCCAGAUGAUCCGAACUCAUCAACCCUUCGGAUUCAAUCCCCGAUCAUCAACCGUUGCGUGCAUCGUGCACGGCCCUGAUCGCCCGCGACGGCUUAAAGCGUGGGCUUACUUAUGGUGUUACUAAUUGUUAGGAAAGAACAAAGAAAAAGCAUAGAACAAGUAUAGUUAGUUGAUCAGUUAUCUAACGUAACAGAACCCCAAGCAGCUGCUAUAAAAUGGAUUCCCCCCCUUCGCUUUGGUUUCUUUCUUUGUUUUGUUUUGUUGUGUGUGGUGAUUGCUUUCCGGUCGAUCCCUUCUCCCGUCAUGGCCUCCGGCAGCGGCACCGCGCUCAAGAUCAUCAUCCUCGGUAACAGAGGUGUGGGCAAAACGUCAUUGAUCAAUCGAUAUGUGCUCAAGAAGUUCCACGAGCAGUAUGUGGCCACUUAUGGUGCUCUUUUUGUUACCAAGGAAAUUCUAAUUGGUGACGCACCUGUGACCUUACAGAUCUGGGAUACUGCAGGACAGGACAGGUUUCAAAGUUUUUGUACUCCAUUCUAUAGAUUGGCCGACUGCUGCAUUUUGCUCUAUGAUGUCAAUGUUGGAAACUCAUUUGACACUCUUGAUUCCUGGCAUGAUGCACUUUUUAACCAGAUGAAUCCGCAGGAUAGACCACUAGAUCUCCCAAAACUUCCACUCAUUUUACUUGGGAACAAAGUUGACGUUGCCGGUGGCAAAAGGAGGGUGGCUAGCAUUAAGAGAGCAGAAGAUUGGUGUGCAUCCAAAGGCCAUAUACCUUACUUUGAAACCUCCGCUAAAGUCAAUUUCAAUGUCGAUUCUGUUUUUGUCCAUGCUGCUCAAUUUGCUCUGAAUCCUGAUCUGGGCAUCACCCUUCGAGAACCUGCUUCAGACAGAGCAAGGAAGUAGAUGUGCUUGUUAGGUUGAGCUGCUGCAGAUUCAGGACUUCAUAGUGGCUUGAUCUGUUGAUUGAUCGGGAUCUCGCAUGAUUCGUUCAUGAAUUUGGUCAUUUUUGUCGGCUACUGUGAACAUUAGCAUUACAUUCUAAGCUUUAGUGUUUCGUCUUCAGCAAGAUCCGUAGGAAAAACGACCUGUCAGAAAAGAAAAGAGAAAGCGGUCGUUUUAGACGCAUUUUGAAGUCACAACCAUUCUUGAAGCAGAGUACAAUAGCCAAAAACAUAGGAAUCACAGUUGAUCUUUGUCAAUAUUGAUAGCUUCUAAAUUGUUAGACAAAUUGUUGGACUGCACCGACUUCAUUCCUAAUGGUUUGGUUUCUUUAAUUGAUCAUAGUCAGAAUUCUAUA